UUGUCCCAGUGCGUGAUGACGUCAGACGCUGUCUCCUUUUUCCCUUCUUGGAUCGGACUGGACGAGCCUGCACUUGUUCCCACGAACAUCGAUCAUCACCAGCCAAACUCCCAAUUCGAAUCAUGGGAAACUGCCAGCCCACCAUCGUGCCCUACGAGGACUUUGAUGCCCUGGCUGACGUCAAGGUCAUCCGAAAAGCCUGCAAGGGACUCGGCACCGACGAGCAGGCCAUCAUCGACAUCCUGGCCAACCGCAGCUCGGACCAGCGUCAGCAAAUCAAGCAGGCCUACUUUGACAAGUACGACGACGAGCUGGCGGACAAGCUCAAGAGCGAGUUGUCAGGGAACUUUGAGAAGGCGAUCCUGGCCAUGCUGGACCUGCCUAUCAUCUACGCCGUCAAGGAGCUGAGGAGGGCCAUGAAGGGGGCGGGCACCGACGAGGACGUGCUGGUGGAGCUCCUGUGCAGCGCCACCAAUUCCGACAUUGCCAUGUUCAGGGAGUGCUACUCUCAAGUGCACGAACGCGAUCUGGACGCUGACAUCGAGGGCGACACGAGCGGCGACGUGAGGAACCUUCUCAUGGCUCUCAUGCAGGGUAUCCGGGACGAGAGCUACGAGGUGGACGAGGAGCUGGCGGAGCAAGACGCCGCCGAUCUCUUUGAGGCGGGUGAGGGUUGCUUCGGGACUGACGAGUCCAUCUUCACUUCCAUUCUGGCCUCCAGGAACUACCUGCAGCUCCAGGCCACCUUCAAGAUGUACGAGCAGCUGUCCGGCACGGAAAUCCUGGAUGCCAUCGAGAACGAAACUUCGGGAACGCUGAAGAGAUGCUACGUGGCUCUGGUGAGAGUCGCCAAGAACCCGCAGCUCUACUUUGCCAGACGUUUGAAUGACGCCAUGAAGGGGGCGGGGACUGACGAGGACACGCUCAUACGCAUCGUCGUGUGCCGCUCAGAGUACGACCUGGAGACCAUCAAGGAAAUGUACCUGGAGAAGUACGACGUGUCCCUGAAGGAUGCGCUGAGGGACGAGUGCAGCGGCGACUUCAAGCGUCUCCUCCUGGCCAUCUGCCACUGAGUACGUGUCCGCUCCUUGGACUUGAGCUUGCUUCUUGUCUGUCUCGAACCUUCUUUGAGUCAAUCUUUACGAACCCACAGGUCACUUUUUAAACACUUUUGUCUGCCUCGAACCCUACUUGAGUUAAUCUUUACAAACCCACGAGUCACUUUUUAAACACUUUCUGCGCUCCUUUGGUCAGGUUCAAGCGGCGGAACGGCAAACAGAUGUUGUUUUGUGAACACACUGUGCUGAACUUUGCAUUCAAAAAUGCAACUGUGAAGUAAAAAUGGAAAAUGGAGAUUUUGUCGACAUUGACCCUAAGUGCUUCUGACCGUUCGUGAAGAUUUAUUCAAAGCUAACAAAAAAUAACGACUUGACAGACAUAACUACACCUCAUCUUAUAUUGUAUUUUUUUUAAUACUACAUGACUAACAGAUAGUGUUAAAUGAAUACAUUUCAUCACUGUAUAGGAAGAGUACAGACCAUUCGAAUGAUGUGAUAUGAUGCGUUCAUGUACCAGUUGUGUCAAACGUUCAGAGAUGACAAUAUAAGUGGUUGAUUUCGGCUUAGUCCAAUUAUUUCACUUUGUUUGCCUUGAUGUUGCCAAGAAAGUGUAGCAGAAAAUAAAAGUUACCUCGAAUGGA